AUGUCCAAACCCCCCUCCACGACCUCCACCGACCCCCCCGACACCUCAAGCGCCCCCUCCGACAAAGCCUCCGAGCUGACCGCCGUAGUCGACGACCUCCUGAACCAGCUCUCCACCAACUUCUCCACCAUCUCGUCGGAGCUUAUGAGCAAGAUGGACGACAUGAGCCGGCGGCUUGAUAAUCUGGAAGCGACGAUUCAGGCGGGGGGGUCGACGCGGGGGGAUGGAGACUCCAGCUCACUGAAGCCAUAG